AUGGCCUUCCCAGAAUCCAAGGAAGAGUACAUGGCAAUGGUGGUGAAUGGGAUUCAAUUUCAUGUUGAUGCCUUUAAGGAUCAGAUUGAAGAUGGGGAGGAAGCAAACAGAGGGAUUCUCAUCAUAUGGAACAAAAAUUCUAUUGAGGUGGAGGAUACUGUGAGAGGGAAACAUUCUAUAAGUGUGAAAUGUAAAUUCCUGCUUGAUGGCUUCAGUUGUACUAUGACAGGUGUUUAUGCUCCUUGCGAUGUUCUUCUACGGAAAAACCUAUGGUCUGAGCUUAAUUCAAUUAACGAUAGAUGGGAGUUACCUUGGUGCAUUGGCGGCCACUUCAAUGAGAUUUUGCGGCUUGGAGAAAGAGAGGGUCGCACUAGAUCAACUAGGGGGAUGAAGCACUUUUAUCGCUUCGUUAACGACAAUGAACUGACAGACCUCUACAUGACAGGGGCGCGCUACUCCUGGAAAGAUAAAAGUCUCUUGGACAGAUUUUUGGUUUCUGCGGAAUUUGAUAUGCACUUCCCCACAUUAGCUGCACAAGUUAUGGGAAAACCUUUUUCGGACCACGCCCCAAUAAGGUUCAAUUGCGAUAUCCAAGACUGGGGUCCUUGCCCUCUUAGAUUCCAGGCUAUGUGGUUACAUAAUACUGAUCUUCUCGAGCGCAUGAAAGUGUGGUGGGAAUUGUUUUCUUUCCACGGAUCAGCUGGGUUUGUCCUGGCGAAGAAAUUGCAAGCUUUGAAAGCAGAUAUUAAAGUUUGGAAUAGGGAUGUGUUUGGAAGAAUCGAUAGACAAAUGGAGGAAAUACUGGUGGAGCUCGCUGACUUGGAUUCUUUACAUGCCAAUCACACAAUCACCGUGGAGCAAGCUGCAAAAAAAGACAGGCUAAAACACAAUUUCGAAGAGAUGACAGACCGUAAGCACAUCAUGUGGCUUCAAAAGGCAGGGCAUCAAUGGCAUAAGGAUGGUGACAGGAAUACGGUUUAUUUCCACAGGAAGGCAAAACUUCAAAGAAGAAGGGCCAAUAUUCACUCUCUGCGGAUCAACGGGCAGCUUACAGAAGAUAAACAACUCAUCAAAUCAUCGGUCACAGACUUUUUCUCUAAUUUAUUCUAG